AUGCAGAAAUAAAGUACAUCUAAAAAAAAAAACUCAAUAGACAUCUCUUCUUUACAUAAAUUUUAUAAAACAAAAUUGCUCAACUAUUUAAAAACUUAAUAAAAGAUGAACAAAAAAUAAUAGGUUUCUGCAAAAGAAAUCUUGUAUCAACUAUUGAAUCAGGAGCUUAAUAAUGAUUAAAAUACAACUAAAAUCUAGAGAUUAUUAGAUGAUAUACAACAUUCUUUAUGGAACUACUAUAUUCCAGGUAAAGAUAUUGAAAAUAUUUAGUUAAUUUUUUUGUUAAAAUAUGUCAACAUUAAAAGCUUUAAUCUAUUCUAACAUCAUUAUUAAUGAUAACAGACGGGCAUUUUGAAAGUAAUUAAUCUAAAGAACUAUUGAAUAUCUUGUAAAUGCCUUAUGAUAACAUGUAUUAAUGUUUUUUUUUGUUUGCUCAUAAACAAAACUACUAUAUAUUAUUUGAAGUGGGAUUGAAAAAUGAUAAACAGGAGAAAGAAUAAAAAAAUAACCUUUUGCUUUAGGAACUUAAACACACAAUAACUUUCUUAGAUAUAUUUUUUUGUUAUAAAUAGCAAGAAAUUUAUAAUUCAGCUUUAAAUUAUUAAUUAGAUUUAUAAUAAAAUUUUAAUUGGAUUUAAAAUAAGAUAAUUUGUAUUAGUAAUAUAAUAAAUUAUAUAUUUUUAAGGUCCCAAAACACCUUCAAAUUCAAAAACUUAACAAUAUCUAUUUAACCCAGAAAACAAAGGAUGGCCUUAAUUGUUAUUUAAUUCCAAUUAAAAUUAAUAAUGGAAGCCUCUAAUUUUUGAGAAAAUGAGGUGUUCUUUAAAUGAUUUAUAUUAUAAUGAAUCAAAAAAAUAGUAUGAAGAUAAAAUAUUUAUCAAAUAAUAGUUGAUAGCUAAAAAGAUUAAAGAAAUAGCUUAUUUUAAUUACAAUAUUAUUAAAUAAUAUUAGGAUUUUGAAUUGUCUUAGAAACUUAUAUAAUUUCUUUAAAAGUCUCCUGUUUUCAAAAUUAGAUUAUCAUAAGAGGAAUCUAAAGUAAUAGAGAGUUAAGAGAAUUGUUUAGUUAUUGGUAGAAGUGGAACUGGUAAAACAACUUGUUCAGCAUUAACAAUAUUUAUUUCAUAAUAUUAAUAGAAAAUAAGAAGAAAAUUUCUUAAUUUAGAAGAACAAGUGUUUGUUAAGGAUUAUGAUGAUUAAGAUAUUUCUAUAAGAAAUAUAUUUAUAACAGUUAAUUAAAAAUUAGUUGAUAAAGUUGAGGAAUACUAUCAAAAACUAAAAUUUAUAAUUAUUGAAAUGGUUAUUAAAGCUAAAAAGGAUAGUUUAAAUGAUAAUUAAAUUGAAAAUUGUAUUACUGAUAAUGAAAUAAUUAAUGCUAUAUUAAAGGAUGAGGAAGUGUAAGAGAUAAAUGAUAAAAAAUAGAAUAUUUAAUUUAUAUAAAAGAAUUAAGGAGAUUUUUAAAAUUUGAAUACUUUAAAGUUUCCAUGUUUCUUAUCAACUUUAAAUUUGUUAAUCUUGAUGGAUUAAAAGCUAUAAUUUCCAUAUUUUUCAAAAGACAGAAUUGAAAAAUUCAAAAAGAAAUAUUAAAUAGAAGUAGGUAUUAAAUUUUAUAAUGCGAUUAAUAUAAGCAAAUAUUUUGAUAAUUUAGAUAGUAAUUAGAAAAUUAAUAUUCCAGAGAUUUCAUUUAAUUUAUUUUAUGAAAAAUAUUGGUCUAAAAAAUAAAAUAUUAAUUUAAAUAAAGAAUCGUAUGCUUCAGCCUCUUUAAUAUGGACCUAAAUAAAUUCAUUAAUAAAAGGAUCUUAAUUUUCAUAUAAAUAUUCAAAUUAUGCUCUUCCAAUACAAAAAUAUAAGGAAAGAGUCUCAAAUAACUUUUCAGAGUAACAAAUAUAAAACAUAUAUAAAGUAUAUGUUGAUUAUGAAAAAUGGAAAAAUGAUAACCUAUAUAUUGAUUAGAUAGAUAUAGUGAAUAAUAUGUUAUUUAACAUGGAAAAUAAUCCAAUAUUACUCUUUCCUUUACAUAAUAUGUAUAUUGAUGAAGUAUAGGAUAUACCUUAAGCAAUGAUAGGUCUUUUCAAUAGAUUAACUGAAUAGAAAGUAGUUUAUAGUGGAGAUGCUGCUUAAAGUAUACUUAAAGGAAUUGGAUUUAGAUUUGAAGAUUUAGAAUAGCAAUUUAGAAAUACAAAAAAGGUAGGUAUAAAUACUGUUGAAUAAUUCUAAGUUCAUAAAUUAAUGAUCAAUUUUAGAACACAUAAUAGUAUAUUAUAAUUAGCAAAUUGUAUUGUUAGACUUUUAGAAUUAUUAUUUCCAUUUUCUAUUGAUAAGUUAGCUAAAGAAAUAUCAAAUAUCUAAGGUCCAAAACCUUAAAUAUUUAUGAAAUCGUAACUAAAUUUAAUGUUAUCUAAGUUAAAAGAUGAAUAUAUUGGUGAUGAUUGUUAAUAAGUUGAAUUUGGAUAUAAUUAAGUUGUGAUUGUAAGAGAUGAACAAGCAAAAGAGAAAUUACCAUAACUUCUUGAUGAUGCUUAAGUCUUUACUAUAUUUUAAGCUAAAGGAUUAGAAUUUGAUGAUGUCAUUAUGUAUAAUUUUUUUGCACAACAUGAAUUUUUAGAAUCAUAAUGGGAAUUAUUAUAGUGCAUUGAUAUUGAAGAUCAACUUUAAGAUAAAAUGAUCUAUGAAAAUUAAAUAACAAGUAUUUAUUAACAUCAUCAUUAUAGAACAUAAAAAUUAAGAAUCAGACUUAAAUUCUUUUGAAAUAAAUCAAAAUGGAAAAGUGAAAAUUAAAUAAAUCAAACUUAAUUAAAGAAUUAAUAAAAAAAAUAUUAAUGAUUAUUCUAGUAUCUGUGAAGAACUUAAAGCCUUAUAUGUAAUUAUAACAAGAACUAAAAAACGACUUUAUAUUUAUGAUGUAAAUCCAACUCAAAGAAAAGAAAUUGAAAGAAUAUUUUAAUAACUUUAAGUUUGUGAUAUUAUCUAAUAAAAUGAUAAUGAAUGUAAAUUUUAAAUGAACAACCAAAAAUAAGCUUAAUAAUAAAAAUUUAUAGAAGAUAUCGAAAUCAAUACUUAGAUAUGGGAAAAGCAAGGAUAUUUAUAUUUUGAAAAGUAAUUUUAUGAUUAAGCAUUGAAAUGUUUUAAAAAACUCAAAACAAUUAAUAUAUGA